AUGGUAUUAGAAUUGCUACUUUAUACAUUUUUUAUUUCAAUCAUCUUUUCUCUUAUAUUUAUAUAUUGGAAAUUUAUUCGUCCAACAAAAUAUAUCUAUGAUAUACUUCGAAGCCAAGGUGUACGAUCUGAACCUUUUAUACCCAUUAUUGGUCAAUUACCAGAACUACGUCGUUAUCGUGAAGAAGGUCGAUUAUUAGGAUAUCAUCAAAAAUUAACCGAAAAACAUGGAUUAGUCUAUUUAUUUUUUCUUGGUCCAUAUACACGUCUUGUUAUACAAGAACCUGAUUUAAUAGCUGAUAUUGUUGGUAGAACGUCUGCUCAAAAUUAUAUUAAACCAGCUGAUCUUAGUGUUCGUCUUAAACCACUUAUUGGUAUACAUAAUCUACUAGUUAGUAAUGGACUAGAACAUGAUCGAGCACGAAAAAUGCUUAAUCCAGCAUUUCAUUUUAAUAAUCUUCAAUCCAUGGUUUCUAUUAUGACAUAUCAAACAACAAAAGCAAUUGAUAUACUUCUUGAAUCAUCAUCAACAAUUAAUUUGGCAACACUUUUCAAUAACUUAACAUUAUCUAUAAUUGCUUCAAGUGCAUUUGGUAGAAGUUUUGAAACAGUGUCAAAUGCAAGAGAUAUUAUUGCUCAUGUAUUUACUGAAGUAUUAGCAGCUAUUGCUUAUCGUGCUUCACGGAUGAUUAUAAUAAUUCCUAUUAUAUCACAAUUACCGUUUUGGCGAAAGAAUAUUGUUGAUCAAGGUACUCGAGAACUGAAUAAUUUUGUUGAUCAAAUUAUAACUGAUAGAAGACAAGGACGAUCACAAAGUUUAUGUGCCGGUGCAGAUAUUCUUGAUUUACUAAUUUCUGCUAUUGAUACUCAAGGACAAUCAUUUACUGAUCAAGAAAUAAAAGAUCAAGCGUUAACAUUUGUAUUAGCUGGUCAUGAAACAACAAGUAAUUUAAUGGCAUGGGUUAUGUAUGAAUUAAUGAAAAAUCCUUCUGUAUAUCAAGCUUGUCAGAAUGAAGUUGAUCGAGUAUUACCAAACGGUAUGAUUCCAACUUAUGAACAUCUUAAUGAUUUAUACAUCAUUGAAGCUGUUCUUCAAGAAACACUUCGUUUAUAUCCUCCGGCACCAUUUUUUAUUCGACAAUGCAUCAACGAACAAAUAAUUGGAUGUACAACUAAUCAUCCAUUGCGUAUUCCAUCUGGAACUACAAUAUUGAUUAAUGCAUAUGCAGUUCAUCGUCGAUCUGAAUAUUGGUCACGACCGAAUGAAUUCGAUUAUACACGUUGGUUACGUGAUCCAAUAACUGGUUUAAAACCAAAAUUAACUCAUCCAUAUUGUUAUUUACCAUUUGCUGCUGGACCACGAAAUUGUAUUGGCCAAAAUUUUGCAUUAUUAGAAGCUAAAGUGAUGUUAGCAAUGUUUGUACAAAAAUGUGAUUUUGAAUUAGAACCAGGACAAAAAAUAAUUCCUGAAAUUCGAAUUACUAUGAGACCAAAAUAUGGUUUAUUUGCCAGAAUUACUAAAAGACAAUAA